AUGACAGCUACUACAGUUACAUUAAACUUAGCAUACAGCUUUAGAAUUGAUCCGAAAGCAACUAGAAAAUCACCCAACUACCAGACAUACUAUGAGACCAAUAUUGGGUUGUGGAAAUCCCAUUUGAAUGACUUGACUGGGGAAACGUACAAUGUGAUGGAUAAUUUAUCCAAAUUGAGGUCGAUUUGUGAUGAGAUUAACCUGAUGCAAAGCUUGGUGAAUUAUGUUGAAUUGGUGUCACCACUGAUGAAUAAUCAUCGUAUCAUUGUCCACAUUCAUGGUGAAGAGUCGUUUAUAGCCAAGUCCAGGACUAAAAUCCUUCAUUCUUACAACUAUGUGAGUUCAAAAACAAUAAUUCUUGAUGAAUCUCAAUAUAUGAAGAUCAAUGAACAAUUUAUCCAUCAAAUGAAUGCAUUAUGUCAGAGAUAUCAAGUCGAAGUCAUUAUAAAUAAUGAGAAGUCAUCAUUCAGUAAGAAAGCGUCCGAAACAGCGUAUUCUAUACAUAUAAUUGGACAUCAAGAUAACAUAACAUUUUUCAGCACCUCUUUAAAAGUGCUGAUUGAUCUGUAUUUGAAUAGCUACACCAUAGAUUCGUGUUCGUUACCACUAAGCUUGAUCCCAUUAAUUGGUGGAAUAAACUUAUCCAAUUUCAAACAAAUUGCCAAACAAACAAAUUCAAAUAUAUAUAUACCCGAUUUGUUACCCAAUAUAUUCAAUUCAAAUGUGCUUGCUAGCAACUUUGAUAUGACAGUAUGGAUUACUGCCGAGCAUGCCAUGGACCUUAUUUUGACCAGAUCAAUCCUAGACAAGACAUUUUAUACAAGGAGUCAAUUAACCUCGAAGAGCAUUGAAAUAAGUCGGUCGAAACUUGACUUGAUUCUUUUGCACAACCAACAAGAUAUGAUUAAUUUGAUGUUGAAACAUGGUGUAUUUAUCCAAUUACCUAGUUUGGGGGAGGAAAAUCAAUCAAUUGUUAUUCAAGGGUUGCGUACAGAUGCUAUUAACGAAUGCAUCCAAGAUAUUGGCUCAAUUGCAACUCAAUACUAUACAGUCUCAGGGUUGUGUGCCAACAAAAAUGAAAUUUUGCAAUUGUGUCAAUACACCAAGACAUGCACAGUUGAGUUGAUCAACAACAGUUUUGAGAUCAAUGGCCAAUACAAAGAGAUUAAAUCCUUGAUUCAUCAAUUAUCAUUAAUUUCAUCAAAUUUGAAUGUACGCGUUGAAGUAAAUAACGAUCAAAAAGAUUUCGUUAGUGGUAAAAAGAAUGGCAAAUUGGUGAAAAUCCUCAACCAGGUCAACAAUAUACCAUCAAUAAAAUUUAAUCCAUACAAUGAACAUCGAUUUUAUAUUGAUAUUGAGUCUUCAUCAUCAAUAAUUGGUCAAGUUAUUGAUUUGAUUGAGUUGGAAUUGCCUCUGGAAUUGAAAUUCAAUAUUCCUGAAGUUUUCCAUAAAUCAAUAAUCGGUAAUGGUGGGUCAAUGAUUCAAUCAAUUAUGAAGAAGUACAACGUUUUUAUCAAGUUUUCAUCCAAUUUUGAUACAUCAACAAAUGUAUAUUCGUUAUUGCGUCAAUCAAAUGUAUUAAUCAAAUGCCCUCAAAAAAAUAUGGCAAAUAUUCCAUUGGUAAAACAAGAGAUUGAUGACUUGGUAUUGAAAUACUGUAUGAAUGAUGUUCAGCAACAGAAUGUUUCAAUUUAUUACAACUUAAAAUUUCAAAUUAUGAAGAGUCAGUAUUUGAUGUUGGUAAAUAAUAACAAGCUUCAUUUGAUUAAUCAAUAUGAACAUGAUUACAACUCAUUUAUUGAUUUUCCCAACUCAAUAGAUGCAUUCAAAAUAAAUAAUGUUGUUGAAUUUGAUAUCAAAGGGUCUGAAUCGAAAAUUAAGUCAUGUGCUAAACAGUUGCAAAACAUUCUUCCUUCUAGCUAUGAAUUUAAAUUUGCUGGUAAUUCAAUUAAAUUCAAUCAAUAUUUCAGAGCCACGAGAGUAUUUGAAGAUGAAAUUGUGAUUCCAUUCAAGAUUAUAUUCGGGCUCGAUUUGAUUGUUAAUGAAACACCAUUGAAUUCAGAAUUACCUUACUAUCAAAUUGUUUUAUCUUAUUAUUCCGAUACCAAGUUAGAUGAAGCUAUUGAAUCGUUGACUUUUUGGUUAAGGGAACGUGGAUUUCUCAUUUAUGAAAAGACUGAAAUGAAGUUUAAUUCAAUUUUAGAAUCAUCUUUAUCAUCUCCAAUCAAGCUUCAUCGCUUCUCAAAUCAAAUCCCAUUACAAUCAAUUACAAAUGUCAAUAUCAACAUGAUGACACCUUCUUCUUCACCAAUGAGGAAAUUGCAGCAACCAAAUAUGUCAUCUGCUACUGCAACUUCCCCAAUAAAGAGUUUUAUGGUAUCGCCUUCAAGACAACAGUUGAUGAUGUCGUCACCCAUUAGGAAUAAUAUGUAUCUGCCUGUAAUUGGACCUCAAUCGCCAACUAAACAAAAGAGACACUUACAAUUUCCAGUGAAAUAUAACCCUUUUGGGUUUGAGCAACUGCAGCAGCUGCAGCAACCACAGGUCAAAUUGCUGCCGGUUAAAUUCAAUUUAGAGCCAGUACUUCGCAAUGGAAACUAUGUAUACAAUGUAUAA